AGCGGUAGACAGCAGAGCAAAACAAACCACAGAAAACUCGUUUUUCUGUACAUUUACAAACAACAACAACAACAAUUACAAUCAUGGAAUUGUGUGAGAUACUGUACAACAAGGCGGAAUACAUUGAAACGGCGUCCGGUAACAAAGUGAGCAGGCAGUCGGUGCUGUGCGGCAGUCAGAACAUCGUCCUCAACGGCAAAACUAUAGUAAUGAAUGACUGUAUAAUCCGUGGAGACCUGGCCAAUGUCAGGGUGGGGAGGCACUGUGUUGUGAAGAGCCGCAGUGUCAUUCGACCGCCGUUCAAAAAAUUCAGCAAAGGAGUGGCCUUCUUCCCGCUGCACAUCGGAGACCAUGUGUUUAUAGAGGAGGACUGUGUGGUGAACGCUGCUCAGAUCGGAUCUUACGUACACAUCGGGAAGAACUGUGUCAUCG